AUGAGCGAAUUCAUGCCGACUGGUGCCGACGAUCACUCGCGCCUGGUGGCCCUCAUGACGGGAAUCUUGGUCCUCACGGCAGGCAUGGGGGGAGCCUUAAUCUUCAUUGGCAUGAUUUGCAUCAAGAAAAAGGUGAAGAAGUAUGCUCGGCGUCGCCUGCUUCGACGCGACAGCGCUAGCCGCCUGUCCUUCUCCACCCCCUCUCCAUCGAUCGAAGAAUUGGGCGAUGAGAUGUGGACCCCUCUUCCCGAGGACGCGCUCAAGCGGCGUCGUGUCGAUGUCAUUCUUCAGCCCGUGCACACCGAGCACGACGAAACCACGUCGAACGGCACGAAUGGCUUCGUGCCAACCCCUGAAGACGAAGAUGGCGAUGUAGGCGAAGAGCUGCACGCCGAAGACGACGCGAAUGCGACGCUGGAUGAGGAAGAGCACGAAGGAGGAGGCGACGAGGACGAGGACAGGUCGGCCUACCGUCUGUGCUACAACGACCUCGACAUGUAUCGGUCGGACGAGGACCAGACCGCCGACGAGGGCUCAGGCUACCUGGACGAAGAGGAGGGCUACAUGCACGAGCUCGAGCAGUGGAGCGAGGACUUCCUCCUCUCCGAGAUGGGCGGCUCCUCUUCCACCUCCGACCUGCACCGCCUCACGCAGCCCCUUCCCCCUGGUGCGCCGACGAACGACACAUUGGAGGAGGGAGGAGCUCCACGCGUGGAGACUCAGUAUCGGUUCGGCGAGCCAGCGGGAGGACCCUCGCAGGAGGACGAGGGCAUGGAACGAGCGUUUCAGACGACGGUGGAGAAGCUGCGCGGGUUCGACCUGCACACGCCGCUGGACGAGCGGUACAACACCAACAGGGCGCUCAUCCAUUUGGCGCAGGACUUCAUUUACUCCUCCUGCAGUUAUGGGCGAAUCAUCAUCUCUGAGGCAUUCGUGCCUGAUCACAUGAAGACCAUCAAACCGACAGCCAUGGGCGGCAUUGUGGGCGGUGACAAGUACAUUGUCAACAACAUCUUGUUCAAGUUCGCUGUCGAUUCGCACGGGCUCUACGGGUCGGACUACGCUGCAUCGAAAGUAGCAGGACACGAGCUGAAGGGACUGCUCGCCUACUUCAACCUGGGCAUCCGCGACCUUUGUCUGCCACUCAUGGCGCUUAUCGACUACCGAGGGUUCCGUUUGCUGGCCAUGUCCAUCCUGCCGAUCAAAAAGUCGACCAUCGUGUACGGUUCCAAUGACUACGGCCAUACCAUGCACGCUGAGAACAAGAAGCUGGGCGCCAAGAUGCGCAUCGCUGCGAGAAAGCUCAACAUCAAGCCCCAUCGCUGCGGCGUCUCCAAGGCCCACAGUCAAGUUCUCCCCUCGCCUGCCGACCUCGAGGGCCACGUGGGUGGCGACAACCGCACGUAUUUACUGGACUUUUCUCGCGUGAUGCCGCCCGAGUUCCCCAAGCCUGGUAUCAAAAUGGCACACCUCUUCCGGUUGCUGCGCCCGGAGUAUGUGCGAACGUUCCCCAAGCCACUGUGCAGUGACGCAUUCAGUGGGUUCAUCCGCAUGCACAAUCCGGAACAGCACAACGCCGAGUUGGAAGAGGCAACCAGGAAUCUGAUCACCAACGUUGUGCCAAAUUUUGCACCCGAGUUGGCCAAGCUAAUCGCUGAGGCAAAGAGAAAGGGCGACUUGGAGAAUUUUAGGCUCACUGAGGCUGUACAUAGUCGAGGCAUCAACAUUCGACACCUCGGCAUUCUCAGGAGCCAUAUGGUGGACCAAGACGGCCGCACGCUGCUGUUUGUAGAGAUGUGCGCUCGCGUUGUAAAGAACAACCUCCGGCUUCGCCUGAGGGAGAGAAUGAGGAAACUGAAGCUGCCGUUGGAGGAGCCCUACCAUCGGUUGGUGAUCGAUUACAUGAAUCUCGUUAUCGGCCACAACGAUCAAUCCGAGGAGUACUGGGCCAAGAAUCUGAAGACCUCCCUCGUAAGAAAAUUCGAGGGAGCGCUCAAUGCGGAAGAGGCGGAGGACGAUUACGCGCUCAAGUGCGUGCUCGACUACUUCUCCGACAACUCGAUGGAUGGGAAGCUGUUGCUGUUCAACAGAAUCCAGAAGAUCUGCGGACUCAAGUUCACCCAUCGAGUCAACGAAGAGUUCUCCAAGCACAAGAACUGCUGGGUCGCCCGAGGAGAGCAGCCCUUGGACGAUACGGAUUUGGAGGAGAUCGGGCUACGCGUGAAGCACAUGAACAUCAUCUCCUACGCCCAGGGCCACUGUCUGCACCUUAAAGGUAACAUGGCGUGGAACAACAAUCCUAUCAACGCCCAGCGGUUCUUCAACAUGGCCAUGGAGAAAUACGAAGAGGCGCUAAGCAGCGCGCCUUGGUCGAGCGACAUAUUGGUCAACUGCGCCGAGAUUGCCACCAAGUUCUUGGAGGGCGAAGAGAAGAACUUGGCCAACUUGAAUUUUUCCAUCAACCACCCCAAGGCGCAAGAGGCAAACAACUAUUUUUUGCGGGCGAUACAGAGCAACACCCACGACAGCUACGCCAUCUUCCAGUACGCCCAGUUCCUGGAUCGCUGCGGCCUCAUCAAGAAGGCCGAAGAGUUUUAUCUCCGAUCGCUCGAGAUCAAUCCCAACAACGCGGCGUGCUUGCAGGAGUACGGUAACUUCCUGGCCCUUCGUAAGAAGGACGAGAGCGGAGCCGAAAAGUUCUUCCUUCGCUCUUCGCAGUGUACACAGCAGCGCAUUGCACCGAGCCUCUCAAGAUAUGGCUCGAGGAGAGACUUCCAAGACCUGAGCCAGCUGUCGGUGUCGGACUUCAGACAGCGAGCCCGAAACGAAAUCAACCUUUCCUCUUCGCCCACGCUCAAGCUCACGUCGGACGAGAUCAAGAAGGACCAGCGUUCGCCCACGCCCGACGGCACCCGGCGGCACCAACGCACGCGUUCGCUGGUCAGUCGAACGCUGAUCGGCGCCAGCGAGGGACCCGACGAGAUGGAGAACAUGAUGGACGGCAACCACAGCCCGCAGCAGAGCGCCAGCAGCGUGAGCACCCGGGUCACCCUGCAUCAGCAAGUCGUCUCCGCCGCCGCAGCCGCCGUGGUGGCCACCACCACGCCCACCGCCAAGGUGCGCACUGCCGAGACAGCCAAGGCCAAGGAGGAGCUCCUCCACGCGUGA